AUGCUAUAGAAAAUAAACAAAAUAAUUAGAAGCUAUGACAAUUUUGGAGUUCCACCUAAUCUUAAUAUUAAUAAGUAAUAAGAGUAUAAGAGUGUUUGUGGAGGUGUACUCUCUCUUAUGAUGACAAUCGUUUUGAUUUAUAUUCUUAUAUCUGGCUUAAUUGGAAUCUUCUAAAGAGAUAACUACACUGUAAUUAUAUGGAACUAUUAAAGAUUGAAGUUUAAUAACUAUAAGAUAUGGAUCCAGAUCUAAAAGAAAUGAAUAAUAAAAACUUUAUGUUUGCGAUAAAAGUUGACAAUCCGUUUAUAGACAGAUUUCCAAAAAUAUAAAAAAAUCCUUUUUCUAUUUCUAUGAGUUAAGUUUAUAUUGAAACUUUAAAAAAUGGGACUAGAACUAAAAAUAUCACUAAAACAUAUAAUUUAGAAACUUGUACAACCCAACAUUUUCCUUAAAUAAAUUUUGAAGAAUUUCAUUAAAUUGAAAAUUAAUUAACUCAAUAUCUUUGUUUACCUAAAGAUUAUCAAUUAUGGUUAUAAGGUACAUACAGUUCCUAUGUAAUGUAAUUUCCAAAAUUAUCUAUUUCAUUAUGUAAAUCAGAAGAUUGUUAUUCAUAAUCUGAAAUUUUAGAAUUAGCUAAAAAUAGUUCGAUUAUGGUAUCUCUCUCAACAAUUAUAUAAUCAGCAAUAUUUAUGGCAAAUUAAACUGAAUACCCAUUAUAUUAAUACUUAAAUUCUGAUUUCUUUUUAGCCACUAACUUCGAUGCUGAAUCAACAGCUGAUAUUUUUUUUGAAUCUAACAAAAUAGUCAAUUAAAAUAGUAUAUUUAGUUUUUACAAUGAUGAUUAAAUUAUUGAUUAUUGGGUAUUCCCAAUUUAUAGUUAUAGAGAAAUUAAAGUAAAUAUAUCCUAUUAUAUUCUAGAAAUUCAAUGAUAUUCCAGGAUCUUUAUUCUCUGUUAUUUUUAGAUUAAGUUAAGAAUUCAAAUAAACAACAAAAAAAGUUAAUACCAUAGAUUAAUUUCUAUCAUAUUUUGGUGGUAUGUUAAAGAUUAUAUCUUCAAUAUUUGGAAUUAUUGCUUUACAAUAUAAUUCUAUGGGAUUGAAAUUAUCUUUAGCAAAUUCAUUAUAUUAAUUUAAUAUUCCAGAAAAAAAGAAUGGUAAAAUUGAAUUUUCUUAUGAUAAACUCAUAAAUUACAUUUAAAAAUAAAUAAAUAAAAUUGAUGAAAUGGUAACAAAAUUAAAAAGUCAUACAAUUCACGUAGUUUAAAUGAAUAAAAUAACUAAAGCGUUCACAAUCAAACAUUAGUCUAGUCAAAAUAUAUAAAAUGAAAAGAAAAAUACUAUCAUUCAAGAAUAAUCCUAAUUAAAUUCAGAACGAAUAGAAAAAUAAGAAAAUAAUUUAUAAGAAAUAAAAGAAUCUUUUUUGAGAGAUCUAUUUAAUGAAAUAUGUAACUAACAACAUAAAUUAAAAUUGGGUAUUAACUUUAUUUUCUAUUAAUUACUAUGUUGUACAUGUAUAGAAAAGAUAUAAAUGACAAGAAAAAUGCUAUCAUAAUGUGAAACUGUUAUUUAAUAGGAUUUAGAUAUUGUAGACAUUCUUUAAAAAUUAUAAUAAAUAGAAAAAUUAAAAUAAACAUUGUUGGAGAAAGAAUAAAUUAGAGUUUUCAAUUAUACUCCAAAACCUAUUAUUAAUAUUGAAGAGAAUCGAAAGAUCAUACUAAAUACAGAAGGAGAGCCUAGUUAAUUAAUACAAAAAUCAAAUCAUCAAAAAUAUAAUCGAUUGAUUAGAAAUAAGAAUUAUCAUUAACCAAAUAAAAUGGUGAAAAUUUAUAAUUCUUAUGUAAAAUUAAAAGAGAGUAAUGCUCCAGUAGAUUCAAGGAUAAUCUAUUUGAUGGGACCAGCCAUGGUAUAAAUUUUUGAUAAGUAUUAUGAAAUUCAAUCUCUUUAAUCUCAUCAUAAAUAUUUAGAAGAAGCACAUUAAUAGGAUUUUGUAAGUUCUGAUAAAUUGUUAAGUGACUAUGUCUCACCUCAUCCUAACAAUGAUGAAAAGGAGAAUUAAUAAAAUGCUAAGGUUCACUUAAGAACGAAACCAAAAACUUUUAACGAUUAAAAAGUUAAUUUUUUUGAUGAGUGA